AUGUGCAAGGCGCAGCUCUUGUUGCUGCUGCUUCUGUGCGCUGCCGGAUCAACAGCCGCCUCCGCCAACACCAACCAGCAAGAUGAGGCUGCUCUCAGAUCCUUGAUGAAGAGAUGGAAAAACGUGCCUGCUAGCUGGGGAAAGUCCAACAGUCCUUGCGGCAUGAAAUGGGAUGGUAUUUUGUGUGAUGAAAAUGGAAGGGUCACAUCACUGAAUCUGUUUGGUAUGAGCAUGAGUGGCACUCUGAGCGAUGAUAUAGGAAGUCUGACUGAGCUAAGGAUCUUAGAUCUGUCCUCAAACAGAGAUCUUGGUGGGCCACUGCCAGCUGCCAUUGGGAAGUUAGUUAAGCUUGAAUAUUUAGCAUUGAUUGGUUGCAGUUUCAUUGGUCCUGUUCCGAGCGAACUAGGAAACUUGUCACAACUCAAAUUCUUUGCUCUGAACUCAAACAAACUAACGGGUAGCAUCCCACCCUCAUUAGGCAAGCUCUCCAGUGUUACCUGGCUGGACCUUGCUGGUAACCAGUUGACCGGACCUCUCCCAACCUCCAGAGAUAAUGGAACUGGAUUGGACCAGCUUCUUACGGCAGAACACUUCCAUUUCAAUCAAAACAUGCUGGAAGGUUCAAUCCCAGACUCUCUCUUCAACUCCAACAUGAAGAAGCUCAAGCAUAUCCUUUUUGACAGAAACAGAUUUACUGGACAGAUUCCAGCAUCUAUUGGUGUAAUUCCAUCACUUGAAGUACUUCGUCUAAAUGACAAUGGUUUCAUGGGACCAGUUCCUGCUCUCAACAACCUGACUAAGCUCCAAGUUUUAAUGCUUUCAAAUAACAACCUAAGUGGACCGAUUCCUAAUUUGACCAGUAUGGGCCAGCUGGAAAAUGUGGAUAUCAGUAAUAACAGCUUUGAUCCUUCUAACAUCCCAAGCUGGUUCUCAGAUUUGGAGAGCAUAAUGACCCUUACAAUGCAGUCAGUUGGGCUUUUUGGGCAACUGCCACAGAAGCUUUUCAGUUUUCCUCAACUGCAGCAUCUAGUACUGAGUGAUAAUGAGCUGAAUGGCACGCUUGACAUGGGAAACAAUAUAAGCACGCAUCUCGAUGUUGUCGAUGUUCAAAACAACAAAAUCACCUCAGUUACAGUGUACAGCAGCUUCAACAAAAACCUCAAGCUUGAAGGAAACCCACUCUGCAAUGAUUCUCUUCUGUCAGACACAAAUCCAUGCAUGGGCCUUCGCACUGAAGCCCCACCUCAGUCUCCUCCCUUUGAUGUUCAAUGUGCAUAUCCUUUUGUAGAAACUAUCGUAUUCAGAGCUCCUUCCUUUGCCAAUGUACUCGAGUACCUUCCUGAUCUGGAGAAGAACCUCUCUGGGCAAUUGAGCAGCUGUACCCCGAACCGGCUAGGCUUGAUACCUUACUCCAACGAAGAUGCAUACCUAAAUGUGGAUAUCAAGGCAUGCCCAGUAAACCAGAAAAGGUUCAACUACUCUCAAGUGUUAAACUGCUUCAACCUUACCUUUCAGACUUACAAGCCACCGGAAAUGUUCGGGCCUUACUAUGUGAAUGCACAUCAUUACCCAUUCCACGACAAAACUUCUCGAGCUGUGUUGAUUGGCAUUGUGACUGGAUCUGUUCUCCUGGUUGUGGGGCUCACUCUGGUAGCAUUUUAUGCUGUACGUCAAAAGAAACAGGCUCAGAGGCUUGUGUCCAUCAACGAUCCUUUUGCGUCUUGGGGAUCAAUGGGAGAAGAUAUUGGUGAAGCACCAAAACUGCAGAGUGCUAAAUUCUUCACAUUGGAAGAACUCAAGUUAUGCACCAAUGACUUCCGAGAAAUUAAUGCAAUUGGAGCUGGAGGCUACGGAACGGUUUACAGAGGAAAACUUCCAGAUGGGCAGUUAGUGGCAAUCAAGAGAUCCAAGGAAGGGUCCAUGCAGGGUGGCCUUGAGUUCAAGACAGAAAUAGAACUCCUUUCCAGGGUUCAUCACAAGAACCUGGUUGGACUGGUUGGCUUCUGCUUUGAGAAGGGCGAAAAGAUGUUAGUUUACGAGUUCAUACAUAAUGGAACACUAAGCGACGCCUUAUAUGGUAUGAAAGGAAUACAAUUAGACUGGAGCAGGAGGCUCAAGAUAGCUCUGGAUUCAGCUAGAGGGCUAGCAUACCUCCAUGACCAUGCCAAUCCUCCAAUCAUUCACAGAGAUGUGAAGUCCACUAACAUUCUCCUUGAUGAGAAGAUGACUGCAAAGGUUUCAGACUUUGGUCUGUCGUUGCUGGUAACAGACAGUGAGGAAGGGCAACUAUGCACAAACGUAAAGGGAACACUGGGCUACCUGGACCCGGAAUACUACAUGACCCAGCAACUCACAGCAAAGAGCGAUGUCUACAGCUUCGGUGUAGUGCUCCUAGAACUCAUAGUGGGUAAGCCACCAAUACACAACAACAAGUACAUUGUCCGUGAGGUGAAAAUGGCACUAGACAAGGAGGAUGGCACGCACUGUGGGCUCAAGGAUGUGAUGGACCCGGUUCUUCAGAAAAUGGGGGGCCUCCCCGGCUUCCCACGGUUCCUAAAACUAGCACUGCAAUGCGUUGAUGAGGUGGCAACAGGCCGGCCCUCGAUGAACAGCAUUGUCAGGGAGAUUGAGGCGAUAAUGCAGGACAAUGGGCUCACAGUGGGCUCAAUGUCUACGAGCUCUUCAUUCAGCAUUGAAUCAAGAACGAUGAAGGUUGGACCUAAGCUCCCAUACUCCAGUGCAUCCACGUCAACCUCGACGUUUGAUAUAGAUAGCAGGGCCUUUGAGUACAGUGGGGGGUUCCCUUCUUCUCAUGGCAGCUUGAAGCCCUGA